AUGCCUAACCAACCACAACCCCGUAAACCUACGAGAGGCCGCGCGGCUCCCAGGUUCAUGGAGAUGUCCGAUAAAGUGGAUUUUACGGCAUGCGGUUGGAUACUCACAAUCUUCUCAUAUAUUCUUGCAGUUCUCACAUUGCCAAUAUCAAUAUUUCUAUGUGUAAAGGUUGCACAGGAAUAUGAGAGAGCUGUGAUAUUCCGAUUGGGACGGGUGAAACCUGGCGGGGCUCGAGGUCCGGGACUAUUCUUCGUAGUGCCAUGUAUAGACUCUUAUAAGAAAAUUGAUUUGAGAACAUUAUCAUUCGAAGUUCCACCACAGGAGUUGUUAUCAAAGGAUGCGGUGACUGUUGCGGUGGAUGCAGUAGUCUUCUUCAGAAUUUGCAAUGCAACUAUCUCGGUAAUCAACAUUGAAGAUGCCGCCAGAUCUACAAAACUUCUUGCUCAAACCACUUUGCGAAACAUUCUCGGUACAAAAACUCUGACUGAAAUGCUCUCCGAUCGUGAUGUGAUCUCUCUACAAAUGCAGGCAACUCUGGACGAAACAACAAUCCCAUGGGGCGUAAAAGUCGAACGCGUAGAGAUGAAAGAUGUUCGUCUUCCGUACCAAUUGCAACGCGCAAUGGCCGCUGAAGCAGAAGCAACCAGGGAGGCGAUGGCUAAAAUAAUAGCCGCCGAAGGAGAAAAAAAUGCGUCGAUGGCAUUGGCAGAGGCGGCGGAUGUGAUUUCCAUGUCACCAUGUGCAAUUCAACUACGGUAUCUACAAACAUUGAAUAGUAUCAGCUCCGAGAAGAACAAUACGAUCGUUUUCCCAUUUCCUAUAGAGAUGAUGUCGAGAUUUAUCAAAAACCAAAGGAAGCGUGUGACCAAAAAAAUAAGUGCGCUCAAGUACAGCUGA